CUAGCUUCUCUCCGCUUGCACUAGUUUAGUUUAGUGCAGUGCACUGUGAACUCAGUGUAGCAAUAAAGAACAAAUCUGAUGUAAACUAGGCCAUAGCGAACUUAUCGAAUACAUAUUAUGAAUUAAUUGGUUAUAUCAGUUGCAUUUUUCUAUAUAACCUCUUUUCUACAGGGUAAGAUGAGUAAUAUAACAUAUGGGAAAAGAAGAAGUAUUGUAAGAAGAAUUGGUUCUUUUUUGCCACUGAAACCACCACCAAAAAUAUAUGUCAGUGUAACGCCAUUACAUUCAAUGACAAGUUCAAUGAUUAAUGAAGAAAUUAGUAACACUUAUGUCGAUACAAUUGGAUAUGGUUCUAUGAGGCUUUCCGGCAGCAGACCAGAUCUAUUAGAACCAAUUAGUUUUGGAUCCGAAGUAAGAUUGCUUGCGUUGGAACAAGAAUUGCAAGAACUUAGAGAACAAAUCUCAACAAUUGUGAAAAAUAAUAAACUGUCUAAAUACGCAUCUGUUACAUCUUUACCUAAUGGAGCGGACAAAGGAAAAUCUUCGCCAGUACCACCACCACCUCCACCUCUUCCACCACCCACAACACCCCAUAUCGCGAGAAGAGCUAGUUUGCAAGAUCAUAAAAUUGAGGAGCGCAAAAAAAUUCCACUGAGUGCACAGAAAUCAACAGACGAUAUACUUAAAGAUAUCGACAAUAUAAAAUUGAGACCAAUUGCGAGAUCUCCAGGUGGUCAUUCUAUACGGGUUAAGCGUGAGAACAGUCCAUGCAAUGAUUUGCAGGAAAUUUUACGCAGACGCUACAUCGCGAUGCAAUCUCCUGACAGUAGGAAUUCAUCUGUUAACUUAGCCAUAGACAAUUAAUUUUGAAUAUCAUAAGUGACAAUACUUUUGAGUAUUUCCAUUGUAUGUUUACACAAAAUUUAUAAUUUCUACAAGCUAACAUCUCUCUUGUAAUAUGUUAUGUUGAAAAUAUUUGCACUCUACAUUAGAAUUUGUAAAGAAAAUCUUAAACCAAAGUUUAUUGUCAAUAAUUAAUGUGUCAUUUAGAUAAUUUUUUUAUCUGAAUAAAAAGAUAAUGAUUAAAGUUUUUGCUUUUUUCGAUAAAUUUAAAGAUCACUUUUAUUCAUUAAAAUGUAAUUAUUAAAACAAUUACUUUAGUUUGGCUGGUUUUAAGUAAGACGUUGCAAUAUUAAAGUCUCAAUGCCUUCUUUUUCAAGAUUUGCUCAUCAAAACUUUGUACUAUUUAAUAUU